GAGGAUGCUUCGGAUGCGGGCAUAUGCAGAACUAUGCCUCCGGUCCCUGUGGCAUGGGUCCAGGACCCUGUUGUGGCCCUGGCCCCGGUCAAGGCUGCUGUGGCGCUGGUUGCUGUGGUCAGAACGGCGGCUGCUGUGGGCCUAACGGUGGUGGCUGCUGUUGUGGCGGUGGCUGCUGUUGUGGAGGUGGCUGCUGCAGUCCUGGUGGAGGUGGCUGCUGCGGCGGCUGCUGCGGCUGUUGUGGUCACCAAGGGCCUUGCAGCCCUUGCUUUGGAUGCAUGUGUGGCCACGGCAAAGGCUGCUGUGGCGGCUCCGGAUGCUAUCCGGGAGG